ACUUCUGUCAUUUUGAUGUGAAACCAAAAAGGCUCCUUUCCGGUCUCCUUCUUCGGUGGGUAACCGAGUUACUUGAAAUUUUAUAAUUUUGUUACAAUGGGUUUCGUGAAAGUAGUCAAGAAUAAGCAGUACUUUAAGAGGUACCAAGUUAAGUUCAAGAGGCGCCGUGAAGGUAAAACUGACUACUACGCCCGCAAACGCCUUAUUGUUCAGGACAAGAACAAAUACAACACUCCUAAAUACCGUCUCAUUGUGCGUCUGUCCAACAAAGAUGUUACCUGCCAGGUGGCUUAUUCAAGGAUUGAAGGAGACCACAUUGUGUGUGCUGCAUACUCACAUGAACUUCCCCAGUAUGGGAUAAAGGUAGGUCUUACUAACUAUGCUGCAGCAUACUGCACAGGCUUGUUACUCGCCAGACGUUUACUGCAGAGGCUAGGGCUGGACUCCUUGUAUGCUGGAGCAACUGAAGUCACUGGUGAUGAGUACAAUGUAGAACCUGUUGACAAUGGCCCUGGAGCAUUCAGGUGUUACCUGGAUGUGGGUCUUGCCCGCACCACAACAGGAGCACGUGUGUUUGGCGCCAUGAAGGGGGCAGUGGAUGGUGGCCUAAAUGUUCCGCAUUCCAUAAAGAGGUUCCCUGGAUAUGAUGCUGAAUCGAAAAAAUUCAACGCGGAAGUACACAGGGCACACAUCUUUGGUUUACAUGUUGCUGAAUACAUGCGCAAUCUUGAACAAGAAGAUGAAGAUUCUUUCAAGAGGCAAUUUGGCAAAUAUAUUAAACUCGGAGUAAAUGCUGAUGCUAUUGAAACCAACUACAAAAAAGCACAUGAAGCAAUCCGAGCUGAUCCAUCCCAUAAGAAGAAGGAGGCGGCCAGUAAGGACAAGGUGAAGCAGAAGAGAUGGAACAAGCGCAAGUUGACUUUGGCUGAGAGAAAGAACAGAAUCAAGCAAAAGAAGGAAUCCUACAUCAAGAAACUGAAGGCACAGGCAGAAGCUUAAUUGCUAUUGCAAAAUAAAGUGUCAUUUUACAGUGAAA